CUCGAUUUUCUAACUAAUUCGGUGCCGCCACCACCUUCAGAAAAUCCUAGAAUCAUAUGGCGACUGGGAAAACUGGUAGAAGAGAAAGUACGAAAUAAGUAUAUAGAUCAAUUCCAAAGCAACUCAACGAUUCUCUCACAAAUGAGGGAUGCAACUAUACAACCUCAGCAGAGAACAGAAGCAGCAAACCUCAUUGAAAAUUUUUCCAGUACAUUAUGCACUGCUAUAUAUGGCGCAUUGGACUCUUCAUGUGGACGUAAAGAACACUGGAACAAUUAUAUGCACGAUUUGUGGACAAAGAAAAUGCAGGCAGCAUUAGAUUACAGAGAAAAAUGCUACAGAAAAUGGCGUAGAGCAGAUGGUCUCAACAAACUUUCUUUUUGGAUAGAGCACCAACAGGCAAAAGCAGCAACGCGACGACUCAUCAAACAACGGCAACGUUUUGUUUGGAGGCGAUAUUGCCAAAAACUAGCAUCUGAUGACUAUGGCAACACCAUUCGACAUAUCAGCAGCAUCAAAAGAAAUAGAAAGAUUGCUCCUACGUUCACCUUACCAGAAGGUGCUCAAAUGGCUUCGAAUGCCAUGGCGUCACAUUUGGAGACUAUAUUUUAUGGC